UUUAAUCCUGAACUGGUCCUGAUAUCUGCUGGAUUUGAUUCAGCAAUUAAUGAUCCAGAGGGCAAAAUGUGUGCCACUCCAGAUUGCUUUGCUCACCUCACUCACCUGUUGAUGUCACUGGCAGAAGGAAAGAUCUGUGCAGUAUUAGAGGGAGGUUAUGAUCUUCAUUCUCUCUCACACUGUAUUUGCCAUACUGUCAAAACUUUCUUGGGUGAUCCUGUCCCUCAUCUUCUUAAUAUUUCUUCACCCUGUGAUAGUGCCUUGGAGUCCAUUCAGAAUGUGAGAGCUGUCCAUCAACAGCACUGGGCUUUCCUCAAGUAA